AUGAACAUGCUAUGGAAAAGUAAGAAGAAAAAGUCCACUUCUCGCCCCGGAUCUGUCGUUUUGACUGAUCAAAACGGUGGUGCCAUCUUUGAUGAUUUACCUGGUGAGAAGAAGCGGAUGGAUGACAAUCCACGUAUUAUGGAGAGUCAGUUUGGUGAGAGUUUGGGAUUGCGUAUGAGUUCGCUUCGGAAGCUCUUGGCCAAUGAUACUGUAAGUCUUGGUUUCCCAGAUUUAGUUCAUGUGGCACAUUAUGAUAAGUCGCGCAAGGAUGAGAUUGGAGAAUACCAUUACAUCACUGGUAUUGAUUGUUCUUCUGAGGCAAUGCCAAUUGGGUAUCUUAGUACGCUACGUUUAAGUCAGAAUUGGGCUAACGAGACAAUUUCUACGUUCUGUUGUUACAACUUGUUUUCCAAACUUGAUCUGAGAAUUAAGUUCGAGAACGAGAAAGCGUUCCAAGUGAGUGCCAUUGAAUGUUCAUCUGGUACGCAGCAUGUUCCUAUGAGCGAGGUUCUGUGGAAGGAGACCUUCAUCAGUGGUGUUAUUCGAGCUAUGAUUUUCAAUAAGGACAGAGAAUGGAAGUUGCCCGGGAUGGUUGAAGUUCCGGUUGGGAUUGAUAACGGGAUUGGAUCCGCACAAUCAAUAGUGAAGUCUUUCUGUGAGUUUAUUCCACGGUACAAGGAGACUGGCACGGAUCUCAGUCACAGUCCACAUGUAUCUCCCUUGAACAAUUACUUGGUUGACGCGUUAUUGUCGUUCCUUGCUAUGACGCCAAGACUACACCAUUACUGUAUCUCGAUUUUGGAAGAGUUCACGGAAUCAGACCCCAAGCAUGCUGUUUUGUAUCAAUUGGUGAAGUGUAAAGUCGCGUUCAAGUCCGAAAACUCCGACUUACUUACUGCGUCUUCAAUCAACGCAUUGGUGAACGGUUAUUUUAAGGACGUUAGCAAGUUGAAAAAGUCACAAUUGAUAAUGCUGACGGAUUUGCUCAAUCUACAAACUGAAUUUUUGAUAAAGAAAUCAGACUACAACUUGGCAUUACCUGUCGCGCUUUAUGCCACCCAGCUGGUUCCAGACACGUUCAAUUCAUGGUACAACUUGGCAGAUUGCUACAUCCACUUGAAAGACUACGAAUCUGCGUUGUUAGCUAUCAACUCGGUGCCAAAAUUAUUGAUAAUGGAUCCAUGUAAAGAUGCGUACUGGUCUGUCGGGUUCGAUAAGUUAUACUACAGGAAGCCUCAGGGUCAAGGCGCAACAAGCUCGCUAAGCUCUCAUGAGUACAACUACGCUCUCACAAAACUGAGACCCGUUAAAGAAAAGGACAUGAACGAUAUCGUGUUUGGAAAAAUCAUCAUGCCAGCGAACAGCUAUGGCUGUGUGAAAUCGAUCUUUGAAAACGCGUGUGCCCAAAUUGGACCCGUAUACGGACCAAAAUCUAACAAUCUCAUAGACUUUGUCUCCAACGAAGAGAUCGGCGCCGUCGCUUACACGGCUCUCUUAGAGAGAAACUCGCUGAAAAACAAGUUACCAUGGUAUAUGCAGCAGAUGUACCGCUUAUUAAUGAAAAUCGUCAACCUGUUGGGUUGGAACGGUCUGUUGGAGCUCAGAUCCUCCAUCUUCGUCAUGGAGAGCGAACACCUUGACUACCAAAAAAGAACCAACCCCUCGCUGAGAAAAAAACGUAUGUGUGAAAAAUGGCUAGAUACCCUUUUCAUGGAAGUCUACCAGGACUUGAAAGUAUCGCUGAACUCCCCAGCUCUCAAGGACUCCAAGAGUAGCGGCCUCGAGUGGGAAUUGCUGGGACUACUGCUCGUGAAAACCGCAAACUGGAACGAGGCCGUCGCAUGUCUCAGAACAAGUAUUAUGGCCCGUUUUGACGUUGUAGCUGCGGACACUCUACUAGGUUUGUUCCUAUCAGAAACCGGAAAGUUCCCCCUAACCAUUGACGAGAUCCUUUCGAUCCUCUUGGGCAACUGCUCCUACCACUCGCGGUUCUACGACGCUUGUCAGUGGCAGAAUCUCCAAGUGCUAUACAAACUAAACGAGGAGUUCGGCACAGAAACGCUAAGAAACAGAAUAUACGCCCAUCCAAUGGCAGAAAAGGGCAUCGUCACACUGAUAGACAAAUGUCUCGACUGGAUCCAGCAGUUUGCCUAA